GUUCCCUGCUGGGCCUGUGACUGGCCUGUGGGCCGGGCAGGCACCAAGAUGGCCUCACCGCCAGUCCCCCGGAAAGCCUCGGUGGACACCAGGAGAGGUUCCGCAGAGAUCCAGAAGGGUUCAGCAGUGACCAGGAAGGGCUCCAGAGACAGCAGGAAACUUUCUGCUGAGAUGAAGAAAGACCCCGGAGAGGCCCAGAAGGGUCCUGGCGAGGUCAGGAGGAAGAUCUCUGCACAGAAGGAGUCCACGGGCAUGGGGUCCAAGAAGUGGAGUUUGGGCGAAGACAGGAGGGUUUCGAUCGACAGCAUGAGGGGUUCGUUCGAGAGCAGGCGAAGUUCCAUUGAGGGCAGGAGGGGCUCAAGCGAAGGCAGGGGCAGUUCGUCCUCCAUCCCUUCCAGUGUGCGACCCAGCAAGGUGCCGUGGGUCACCCUGAUGAGAGCCUUGGGUCGCUUCAAGCUGUCCCUCCCGAAUAUCCGUCAGUACCAUAUGCUGGCCGCUCGCGACCCCCUGGCUGUGGACACGGAACUGCCACGGGCGAAGCACAAGGCAAUAGUGAAGAGGUUGUGGGGCAACCACCAGCCUCUUGCCAAGAUCCCGUAUAAAGUUCUGAUCGGGCACGACAACAUCGUGAGCUCCUGCCACUUCUGUAUGAAUGACACCAGGAUCCUCAGUGGUUCCUAUGACUGCUCGGUGAAGCUGUGGGACGCUGCCUACGGAUCUCCGAUUUGGGAUUUUGAGCCACGACCCAAAGCUCCUGUUUUAGAAUGCAGUAUCACGGCUGACAGCAGAAGAAUCGUCGCAUCAUCUUACGAUAAAACCGUGAGGGCUUGGGAUGUCGAGACAGGUCAGCUUCUGUGGAAAAUCCGGCACGACACCUUCGUAGUGUGCUGUAAAUUCUCUCCCAACGGAAAGUUCGUGCUCACAGCCUUGGACGUGAAUCGCGGGAUUUGCUUAAUUGAUCCGGAAAACAUUACCACCGUGAUCCAGAUCAAAGAUCAUCACAGAAGGUCCAUCACAGCAUGCUGCUUUGAUCCUGACAGCCAGAAGGUAGCUUCUGUCGCCAUGGACAGGUGUAUCAAGAUCUGGGAUAUCACAUCCCAAACCACGCUGUUUACCAUACCCAAGGCACACGCCAAUACCAUCUCAGACUGCUGCUUCACCGUCAGUGGCCACUUCCUGUGUACCAGCUCCUGGGAUAAAAACUUAAAAAUAUGGAAUAUCCACACGGGGGAGUUUCGAAAACGCGGAGCCUGUGUGACUCUGAUGAGGGGCCACCAGGGCUGUGUGAGUUCCUGCUGCAUUUCCAGAGACAGCUCUAUCCUCAUUUCUGGUGGCUUUGACAAGACGGUGACGAUUUGGGAUGUAGGAGAUGGUUACCGGAAGCUGUCAUUGAAGGGCCAUGAUGACUGGGUGACAGAUGUUGCUAUUAGCAGCAACAAGAAAUGGAUCAUCUCUGCUUCAAAGGACAACACCUUGAGACUGUGGAAUAUUGAAGAUCUGGAGAAAAUUCCUUUGGUAACUGAGAACAAGAGGACCAUGGGCUGCAAGGUCAAGCAGUGCAAAAGCUGUGACCAGUUUUUCUCCGCCUUUGAAAAUGAGUCUUCUAUAUUAGCCAAGCGGUGUAUGUUCUGCCGGAGAGAGGAGGCCGUAGAAUCUGACUCCUCCUCAUCAUCACUGGAAGAGAGUAAGGACAGCUGAUGGCCAUCGGGCCCUUGGAGCAGCUUCAGCACAGGGCACCUGCUAAGCAGUCUGCAGCGUUCUGCAGGGACCUGCUCUGAAUGCCCUGCCCCGCUGAGUGGACCUAUCAAACUGAGGCAGGAGCCAGGCCACGACUAGACUCUCCGAAUGGUGCCGCCUCUUUGACUCCCCCCCCC